GGUAGUAGAGGCAAUGCAAUUGAACCAAUUUCCUUACACUCUAGCUGAGGGAGAGACUUUCCCUUUACUUAGAGAGGGGCAGCAAUACUACUAUGCUCUUCGGUGCUCGUAGGUUGACUUCCCUUAUGCACCCAGCCGCUUCACUAAUGUGAAUAGGUUAUACAGAAGGGUGGGUUGGUUAUAUACUCUUAUGCGCGUUCCUUCUUAGAACCUUUUGGUAUGUAUUGCCCCCGAUCAGAUCCACCAGACAAGAAACUCAAUUCCGCACUGCUGCUGAGUCGUCGGACUUAUCCACCAAGGGAUUCGUGGAAUUUCUCGCCCCCUUUUGGGUAUGCAGGUACUAAGAGUCUUCUCACUACCAACCAGCAGACAUCAUCUGGCUGGGUCUUGCCGGGGAGAUCGGAGCAACAGGGAACGCCUAGACGACGUUUUUAUUCCCGGGCUGCAGUAAGUAGAUCGAGAGGUCGUUGCCCUUGUCCCCGAAUAUGGGUAAUAUGUUCUCAAAAAAAAAGUCUCCAAUCUGACCUAGCUGGCGAGCGAUCCCAGUUCGCGGCAGAGAACAAGACAGCAAGCGAGCGUACCUUUGUUCGCUUCUUCUCCACCAAGCACGGAAGUUUAAGGAUAACUGUAGGUCGGUGGCUACCUAAGGAAACUCCGAUUCGAUCCGCCCCCCGGCUGGGAGGCAUCUACCUCAUCCCGAUCACAAGGAGAGGUUCACCAUGA